CUAAAUUAUUGUUUUAAGGUUAUGAUAGAAUCAUCAAAUGGUUUUUCUUUUAAUUUAGUUCACAAGAGUGCUGUUAUAAGAGAUUACGUGGCAAAGCCUAGGCUAAGUUAUAAGACUGUACGCGCAGUCAAUGGCCCGUUAGUAAUUCUGGAGAGGGUUAAGCUAGCAAAAUAUUCAGAAAUAGUAACCUUGACUCUUCCUGAUGGCACAAGUAGAUCGGGACAGAUUUUGGAAAUUCAAGGGAAUAAAGCCGUUGUUCAGGUGUUUGAGGGAACCUCUGGAGUGGAUGCUCAUCUUACCUCUGUUGACUUUUCAGGCGACAUAAUGAGGGCGCCUGUUUCCGAAGAUAUGCUCGGCCGCGUGUUCAACGGCUCUGGCAAACCGGUAGACGGUGGGCCAAACACUCUAGCGGAAGAUUACUUGGACAUCCAGGGCCAACCAAUAAAUCCUUUUGCACGGGAAUAUCCCGAAGAAAUGAUACAAACCGGCAUAUCCACCAUCGACACCAUGAAUUCCGUGGCACGUGGUCAAAAAAUUCCGAUUUUUUCAGGUUCUGGUCUGCCUCAUAACAAAAUAGCAGCGCAAAUAUGUAGACAAGCGGCAUUGGUCAAAAAAAAGCACUCAAAGUCCAUUAUGGACAACCACGAGGACAACUUUGCCAUUGUUUUUGGCGCAGUGGGCAUCGAUGCCGACACUGCGGCUUUUUUUCAGCAAGACUUCAAAGAAACCGGCUCUUUAGAACGAACGACUCUUUUUAUGAACUUGGCCAAUCAUCCGACUAUUGAGCGUAUUAUCACGCCGCGACUCGCCCUUACGGCCGCUGAGUAUCUGGCCUAUCAGUGUGAAAAACAUGUAUUGGUGAUCCUAACGGACAUGACGUCCUACGCUGAAGCCCUUCGUGAAGUUUCUGCUGCAAGAGAAGAGGUGCCGGGGCGCAGAGGAUUUCCAGGGUACAUGUACACGGAUUUGGCCACCAUUUACGAAAGAGCAGGACGCGUAGCCGGGCGAAACGGCUCAAUCACGCAGAUACCCAUUCUUACGAUGCCCAACGACGACAUCACACAUCCUGUACCGGACCUGACAGGAUACAUCACAGAAGGGCAAAUAUAUGUGGAUAGACAACUGCAUAACAAGCAGCUCUACCCACCAAUUAACGUCCUUCCAUCGCUCUCCCGUCUAAUGAAGUCGGCGAUUGGGAAAGGUAUGACCAGGGAGGACCAUGCGGAUGUUUCUAACCAACUGUAUGCGAACUAUGCGAUUGGUCGAGAUGUGCAGUCUAUGAAAGUUGUGAUGGGCGAGGAGGCGCUAAGUGCCAAAGAUCUGCUCUAUCUCGAGUUCUUAGAAAAGUUUGAGACCCUGUUUGUGAAUCAAGGCACUGAGGAAAGAUCUAUACUAGAAUCUCUCGAUAUCGGCUGGUCAUUGCUUCGUAUAUUUCCUCGAGAAAUGCUUAAAAGAAUCGACCCCAAAGUUUUGGACCAAUACUACGCUAACUACUUUCUUAUGGCCUCCCUGAAGGUAUAUACUAGGGCCGCCCGGCGGAGGAUAGCAGAAGAAGUAAAGAUUAGAAAGGAUAGUGUUGAACAAAUCCCUUAUUGUCAUUUACGAAGGAUCAUGGUGAGCGCGCGUUGGCCAAACAAUUAUCUAUACAAUGUACGAGCCACUUACUUCCAGCUGAACCCCAGUCACUAUCCCAUAUUCUAUUUCUCGAGAUUCGAGAAAAGACCCAAGCAGUUCGAUAUUAUUAUUAUCCGGUUCCCCGUAAACCAGUGA